AUGAAACUCCUUUCUCAAGCACUUGUUUGCCGUCGUCUUCUUAUACCCAACUCACGAUGCAAAUCGACUUCGGCUAUCACGGAUCUUGCUUCAUUCCUAAAGACAUCCCAAGGCAAAGACCAAACAACGUCUACUUUUCGAGGCACCUUGUUUGAAUGGCAGACAUGCGAGGCGUUACAAAAGGGCAUGGGUAUGCAACUACGUCGUACAGGUGGCAGAAGUGAUCGUGGCGUGGAUCUGUAUGGUGAAUGGCCCAUCGAGACGAUAAUCAACCAUGGCAUAAAAGGCAAAGAGAGGACGCUAUCAACGUCGUCGUCAACACCCCCUUGUGUUAUUGUACAGUGCAAGAAUAUCAAAAGUGGAUGUACACCAGACCAUAUUCGAUCACUCGUUGGUGCUGUGGUGCUUGCAAAUGACUCGACUCGAGAUACGAUUGGGAUCCUCGCUGGUGUACGGCCGUUUACACGUGAAGUCACUGAACACUUUAUGGGAAGCAAUGUACCACUUGGAUUGGCAAGGAUCAAGGAUACAUCGGUACAAUCGCUUCUCUUUAAUGCUGCAGCUGAUGACGUUCUUCAAGGCUUGAUGGUUGUCACAGAGUACAAUGCGGAUGGAAUUACACAAGAACCUGUAUUGAUGUAUGAUGGGAUGACCAUCAAACUCAACGAAUCAUCAUUACGGCUUCCCCCUUCUUCAUCCAAUGCUGUAUCAUGA